AUGUCACCCAACACCACGGACCUAGACCCGGCCAUGAACAGCCGCAAAGCCCUCGUCGACUUCUUCGCCCGGAGCCUGGCGGCGUUUCAAUCCUCAAAGGAUGCGUUUCGCGUUGUCUGCACACUUCCUCCCCGCGGAGAAAAUGCCGGAGAGGCUGCCGGAGAGUUCAGCAUAUCGACACCGGCGCCGGCGCCGCGGAGGCCGAACCGGAACGACGUGAAGGCGGGGCCGGUGGAGAGCAGCCUCGUCGUGCUGGAUUCCUCGUUUAACCCGCCUACACUUGCGCAUCUACGCAUGGCGGCGUCUGCGGUGAGAGAUUUGCAGAAGGGGAGGAGUACGACCGCGACGACGAGGGGCGGUGGAGCUGGAGAUUCGUCGUCGGGUGCGGCUGGGGAGCUGGGCCAGAGGAGGGCUGUGAGGUUGCUGCUUCUGCUUGCUGUGAAUAACGCGGACAAGAAGCCUAAGCCUGCGGCGUUUGAGGUUAGGUUGGGGAUGAUGUAUGCGUUUGCUAGGGAUUUGAGGGAUGAGGUGCGGCGGAGGGGGGUAGAUGGGGCCGAGGAGGAUGUUGAGGUCGACUUGGGGUUGACGACGAUGCCGUAUUUCCACGAUAAGAGUCAGGCUAUUUCGGACACGAGGUUUUAUGCGCGAGGGGAUGGGGGAGGGGAGCCGGAGCAGGUGUAUUUGGCGGGAUAUGAUACUCUUAUCCGGAUCUUUAACCCAAAGUACUACCAUGCUUCUUCUUCUUCUUCGUUACCGGGAGGGACAGCAGUGGAGGAGGCAGAGGCACCGAUUCGAAGGGCGCUGGAUCCGUUUCUGGACAGGUCUAGGUUGCGCAUCACGAUGAGGACGGAUGAUGAGUGGGGUGGUGAGGGGGAGCAGGUCGCGUACCUCAAGAGUUUGAGGGAUGGUGGGCUGGAGGAUGUUGGUGGACGGCGGGCGUGGGCGGAGAGGGUUGAGAUGGUUAGGGGGAGGGAUGAGGGGGAGGAGGUUGUUAGUAGUACCAAGGUGCGCGAGGCUGCUUCGGCGAGGGAUGAGGAGAUGUUGGGACGGUUGGUUAGUGCGAGGGUGAAGGGAUGGGUGCUUGGCGAAGGGUUGUAUCCGGGUGAUGAGGGCUUCGUGUGCUGCUUCGUCUACGAUAUGAGGCAAGUUCGCAGAGACGUCGUUGAUAUUGGCGAAUGGGCACAUGGACUCAUCGUCCUCCUGAUGGACAUCAUCGAGCCAGGGAACCUCGUUGGCUUCAAACGGCAGCAGGCCAUCUAG